AUCAUCUUCACACUUCCUGCUCACACUCUCUCUCUGUAUUUACCAAAACCCUAGCCGUAAACCUAACCAAUCAUGGCGGAAAGAGGAGGAUUUGGCCGAGGCUUUGGAGGUGAUCGCGGCGGACGUGGUGGCCGUGGUGAUCGUGGUGGUCGUGGUAGGGGGGGCCGCCGUCCACGUCGGGAAUCCGAAGAAGAAAAAUGGGUUCCAGUCACAAAACUCGGCCGUCUCGUAAAAGACGGCAAAAUCGGUUCGCUUGAACAAAUCUACCUCCACUCACUCCCAAUCAAGGAAUUCCAAAUCAUCGACUUACUCAUCGGACCAUCACUUAAAGACGAGGUAAUGAAAAUCAUGCCUGUUCAGAAACAGACACGUGCCGGUCAACGAACACGGUUUAAAGCGUUUGUUGUUGUGGGUGAUGGAAAUGGACAUGUUGGGUUGGGUGUUAAGUGUUCUAAGGAAGUUGCGACUGCGAUACGUGGCGCUAUUAUAUUGGCUAAGCUGUCGGUUAUUCCGGUAAGGAGAGGGUAUUGGGGUAAUAAGAUUGGGAAACCACAUACUGUGCCGUGUAAGGUUACUGGGAAAUGUGGGUCUGUUACUGUUAGGAUGGUGCCUGCUCCACGUGGUGCGGGUAUUGUUGCUGCACGUGUUCCUAAGAAGGUGCUUCAGUUUGCUGGUAUUGAGGAUGUUUUUACUUCUUCUCGUGGAUCUACCAAAACCCUUGGAAACUUCGUUAAGGCUACCUUUGAUUGUUUAAUGAAGACUUAUGGGUUCCUGACUCCAGACUUCUGGAAGGAGACUCGCUUCACCAAAUCUCCGUUCCAAGAGUACUUUGACAUCUUGGGUAAACCUGCCAACAAGGUUAUUGUCUACGCCACUGAGGAAGCAGCACCUGAGGGGGUUCAGGCUUGAUUGAUUAGAUGUUGUUAUUGGUUGUUUCGUUCGAGUAGUUAUCUUAUCGUGAAAUGUUAGUAUUCUAAAUUUUGUUUUCUGUUCCGAGGGAUGUUUCCGCAGACUUUGCAAAAGAUAAUAUUCCUUUUUUUUCCAGCAAUAUAUAUGAAUUUUCUGCCUA